AUGUCCAACUCUCGCGGCCUCCCCGAUGUCUUGAUGACAAAGGUCGACGAGUACGUCGACUCCCUCGCCCCCCAGAUCCAACCCCGCAUCGCCGCCGAGAUCGACACGUUCCAGACGAGGACCAUCGACAGUCUCGAAGACCAAGUCAUCGACGCUUUCCGCUCCCUAUUCAACAAAGACAAGUCCUCCGGCGACGGCUCGCGAGGUCUCAACGACGCGCCCCCAGAUGCCUACGGAGUCCAGUCCCUCCCCUUUGCCGAUGAGAUUGGCAAGCUCACCCGCAGCUUCAGCGUCAUCACCGACGAGGCCGGCGACGACCUGCGGGACAUCUUCAACCUCACCGAAGGCGCCGGCGCCGGCGGUCCUGAGACCCAGUCGCGCGGCGUCAGUCACAGUGACUCCUUCUCCAGUGCCAAGGGCUUCCUCUCCUCCGCCAUCAACGUCGUGCAAGACCACUUGGACAAGAAUAAAGGUCCCGGGGGACAGCGCUUCGAGCUCGACGGCCUGCUCGGCGUCCUGAGCAACACGGUCAAAGAUGCCGCGCGGAACCCGGAGGAGAAGGCCCGCGCCAUAAGCCCCGAGAUUAAGGAGAAGGUCGGCCUGAAGCUGAGGGAGCAGCACGCGCCAAUCGCUGAGCAGUUCACCCGAAUCGCCCUGGACCACAUCAAGCGUUGGCUGCGCGGCAACACGAGCACGCGCGACCUUGGCGACGGCGUCAAGGGCGAGAUCGAGGACCACGUCAAGGACCUGGUCAAGGGUCUCGGCGGCCUGUUCGGCAACAAGAAGAGCUCCCAGGAGGCCGGUUCCCGCGGCGUCGGCGACCGUGAGGGCGAGGGCGAGGGCGGCGGCAGCGGCUUCUCGAGGGUCAUCAGCGACAAGCUGAGCACCGGCCUCGCCAAGGUGCACCGCGACGUGCGCCUUGAGUUCCGAAAGAUCCUCGGCGGCAUCGAGAAGCAGCUCUUUGAGCUGUUGCCCGACGCCUUCCAGCGGCCUCUCGAGAAGAUCCUCGGCGGGAACCCGUUCGACGCGCAGCUCGAUCGCGACGCUGGCGGCCACGCCGACCGCGGCUUCGGCGACGACAUCAAGGUCAAGCUGGUCAACAAGAUCCGCGGCCUGGUCCGCAAGGUGCAGGAGACGCUGCGCGAGAGCAUCCUCGGCGUCGUCAACGGCGGCCACCGCCGAUUCGAGCGCGAGAGCUGGGUCUUUGUGCAGAACAUGGUCGAGCAAAAGGUGCAAAAGUACCUCCCCAAGGUCAAGAUCCACGUUCCCGACGACAUUGGCAACGAGAACGUCAGCGUCGGCGCGCCGACGGCGGGGUCGCAGCUCGGCGGCGCGGGCGGCCACCCAUCCGGACCUCCCCAGGGCGGCAACUACGCCCCCCCGCCGCCGCAGCAGCAUGACCAGUACGGGGGCCAAGGGUCGCAUCAGCCGGCGUACAACCCUCCGCCGCACCAGGAAUACCGGCCGGAUCAGCAUCAGCAGUACCAGUCUCACCAAGAGUACCGGCCCAGCGAGAACUGGCCGCCUCAGUCAUACCAGCAGUACCACUCGGAGCAGCAACAGGGCUACGGACAGGGCCAGAGCCAGAGCUACAGCGGAAACCAGAAUUACGGAGGGGGGCAGAACUACGGCGGCAACCCAGACCACAACCAGUACGGCGAGAACCCUCGCUACUGA